AUGGAGCUCUGCAACGCUCUCUUGGCCACCCUCGUAAUCCUUUUCCUCACAACAUGCAAAGCUGCCAAUUCCAAGCUAUUCAGGGAGUACAUUGGAGCAGAAUCUGACUCAAUCAAGCUAUCCCAUGUGCCUAUAAAUUCCAAUGUGGAAUUCCAUUUCAUUCUUGCGUUUGCAAUUGACUACACAAACCUGGAAAAACCUUCACCCACCGAUGGAAAAUUCAAUCCUUUUUGGGCAUCAACCCAUAUCACUCCUCAAGAAAUUGCUUCAAUAAAAGAUAAAUACCCUAAUGUCAAGGUUGUUGUAAGCUUGGGCGGAGAUAGUAUUGGUAAAGAUCACAAGGCAUUUUUUGCACCUAAGUCUAUAAAAUCUUGGGUGCAAAAUGCCAUUUCUUCAUUAACUAAUAUGAUCAAAGAUUACAACUUGGAUGGGAUCGAUAUUGAUUAUGAGCACUUCAAAUCAGAUCCUAGUACAUUCUCCGAGUGCAUCGGACAGUUGAUAACCAGUCUUCAGAAAAGUGGGAUAAUAUCAAUUGCUUCAAUUGCACCCUAUGAUGACGAUGGAGAAGUCCAGAGCAAUUACUUGGAGUUGUGGAGAAAUUAUGGGAAUUUAAUAGAUUAUGUGAAUUUUCAAUUUUAUGCCUAUGAAAAAAUUAGUACAUCUCAAUUUGUUAAGUAUUUUAAUAAACAAGCUAAACAUUAUGGAGGGGGUCAAAUCCUUGCUAGCUUCAGUUCUGAUGGUAGCAAUGGAGGUUUAAGCCCUGAAAAUGGGUUUUUUGAAGCAUGCAAGGAACUCAAAAAUGAAGAAAAGUUAGGAGGUAUAUUCAUAUGGAGUGCUGAUGAUUCCAAGAAACAUGGGUUCGAACGUGAAAAAGAGUCACAGGCCUUUUUAGCUUCUUGA